AUGAGUUUUCAUAUCUCACCCGAGUUGGGAAGGAAGAAACGAGCGGCUUGGGAAGCUUAUAAGAGUAUCGAGGAUGAAGUGAAGAAGAUGAAGAGCAGCCGGAGUAUCCCGCUUCACAUAAGUGAGGGACGAGAUUCAACGUUCUGUUCUACGUCAAGGAUCGAAGCAACAACCGUUGGACCGUGCCGUGCGCGACUGGGUUUCACGCAAUAUCAAGCGCACUACAGGAAGUCCGCCGACCCGAUGGUCAGACUUCUUCACACAUUCCUUCAAAGGAAAAUUCUACGCUCUUCGUGCCCCACUCGAAAGGAGAAACCAAUGAGGCGACUCUGGUGUGCGAUCAACAAAAAAGGAAGUGUUCAAUGCCGGCGUCGGGUCGAGCAAAUCGAUAAACAACAGGAGUCAAGUGAUCCAGGUGACUGGAAUUGA